AUGGCGCUGUCCAUGGUCCGCAACGAGACGAGCAAGUGGGAGGUGGUGAAGCCCAAGAGGGGUGCGGACAAGAAGCGGAAGGACGGCCCCCAGGCGGCCGUCCAGCCGGCGCAGGCGGCCGCCCGGGGCGCCGGGAACGCCGGGGAGAAGGGGCCGUUCUCCGCGUUCGACGCGCUGCACGCGGACACGGACGCCCGGCGCAGGGAGGGGUCCAAUGGCAGCAGCCCGCGCAGCUUGCCGGCGCCCGAGACGCCGCCUCGCCCCGAGCAGGCGCCGCAGUCCAUGGGGAAGAAGAAGGACAAGAAGAAGAAGCAGCAGGCGGCUAAGGAACUGCCCCCCAAGGCCCAGCCAGCUGCUCCAUCGCCUGGUUUGUCUGUGCAAAACCUGAAGACAAUUCUGAAGGAUGUGGCUAUGGCGUACCCUGAUAAUGAAGCUGCCCAGGUCCAAUACGUGGCGGACAAGUUUCUGGCUGCCUUCAAGGAUAAAUCGCUGCCCUUCCCUGCAGAGAUCUAUUUGAAGCCCAUCGAUGAGACUGUGUCCAUGUUCGACAGCCUGUUGUCUGCCAAGAUGACAGCUGAGCUGGACAAGUUUCUCAGGUCGAAGUCCAUCGAUGCCCUUGUGGAGAGCUUAACUGCUUUCUGCAGAGCGCUGUUUGACUGCGCUUCAGGCCCAAAGGCUCAGCUGAAGGGCCACGCGGGGUUGGUGGUCAUGAUUGUGGCGAUGGCAAGAUCGGUGCCUCUUGCUGUUGUUCGGUGCUGUGACGUUUUUGUUACUGAGGGUGCAAGAUUUGCAGCCCCCAACAAGCUGCCACUGCUGGUGUGGGUGUUUGCCCAAGCAGAAAGGGGGGCAUCUGGAUCCCUACUGGCGCUGUGGCUGCAGGCCAUCCUCCCUCAGCUGCUGGAAGCAGAUCAGGGAAAGGGCAAAAAGGGGAAGGGCAAGGCAGGGCAGCAGGCACAUGUUCUUGAACCCACAAGCUACACUGUUGUGGCAGACUGCCUCAGGCGAGGCCUCAAUGGCGGAAGUGGUUCUGGGAUGUCAACACAGAUUAAAGAGGCAGCGAAAGAUGGGCUCAGUGCCAAGUGUGGUGGGACUCAGGUGAAUGAGCCUGUGGUGUCCCUCAGGUCCUUGGACCAGGUUCAGUGUGCAAUCCACCUGCAGCAUGCACGCUUGCCAGUGCAGGUGGUGACUCAACUGCAGGAUGUCUACCCUGCGAUGCGAUCCAUCGCGCUGUCAUGUGCAUCGCAGAAGUCGCUGCAUGGGUUUUUGAAGUCGUCACUGGAGUACGCAGCCAAGUCUGAGGGCGGAUACCUGGGCAGGGGCGAUAGCAUAGUUGAGGAGGCAGUGGAGAAUGUAAUCACCUGCCUGUCCCGGGACCCCGAGUGCUUCGAUGUGUGGACAACAAAGCACAGGGGCCAGAUCAGGGGAAGCUGCAGGGUCCUGCAGCACCUGUUGCAUGCCGAGCCAGCAUCGUUUCGGAACCUUUUAUCCUCUCCAGCAAACAGGGACCGCUUUAUGAAAAUGGUGAAGAAGCUGCAAGACCGGCAUGGUUUCCUUCUUGCCCAAGGGAAGGGUUGGCAGGGAGCCUGUGCCCGUGGUGCCCACGAGGCCUGCAAGAGCUUCCUGGGGAAGAGCAAGGGAGGCGCCUCCAAGGGGCUCAGCAGCGUCUCUCCCAAGAUGCUGUUUGUGAUUGCUGCGUGCAUUGGCCUGGGGGCUGCCUUUGUGGCGACCAAGUGGGACGACAUAGUUUUUGCGACGCACGAGUUUUUGGGGACGGAGCAAGGGAAGGUGGUUCUGGAGAUGUGGGAGAGAGUGGAGAGGGCUGCCAGGGAGGCAGCAGGCUCAGAGCAGGGGCAGUGGGUGCUGGGCAAGGUGGAGGUGGUGGCGGGGCUGGCUUCAGAGUGGUUUGAACAGGCCAAAGAAGUGGCCUUUGGCCUUGGGAAUAGCCAGAAGGCCUCUUAG